UUUCAGAAUUUUUUGUAUUUAUGUUCACUUUGUAUCAGCAUAUCGACAUUGUUAAUGCGUAAUUACGAUGGCACAGAAUAUGUAUCGAGUUGGAGACUUUGUGUACUUUGAAAUUUCGAGUGCAGCUCCGUAUCAAGUGCGAAAAAUUGAAGAAUUAAAUAAGACACCAUCAGGAAAUGUGGAAGCGAAAGUGUCAUGCUUCUGUCGACGGCGCGACUUACCUACAUCUUUGCUUAAAGUAGCUGAUCGUGCAGAAAGAGUUGACAAAGUGAUAAAUACACGACGACGUCUUGUUGUUACGCCAUCUGCUCCAUCGGGAGAUGCAAGUGAUGAAUCGUCCGAUGGAAUGAAAAAAGAUGAUGAAAGUUCACCUGAAAAUGGUCAACAAAGCAAUCAGGAAGCGACAACUGAUAUUCGUGAAGAGAGCAAUUCACCAAAGCCUAUGUGUGUAGAUACCGGCGAUGAUGAGGAAGUUGAGUCUGAAAAUAAAGAUGUCAAAGAGGACGAUGAAAAGGAUAAAGACAGUGAAAAGUCGAAGGAAGGUGGUUACGGUUUUGCGGGCCUUCCAAAAGGAGCUGAAAAUUUAACACCGAAAGAAAGACAUGUAUUAAGACAGCAUGAACUCUAUCUUACUCGACAAAUUGAAGCACUUCCAGCAACACAUAUUCGUGGCAAGUGCAACGUAACAUUGCUGAGUGAAGUUGAAACGCCGGACAUGUACUUAGAUCGAUGCUUUUUUUAUUCGCUGGUAUUUGACCCAACUGCAAUGACAUUGCUGGCUGAUAAAGGUGAAAUAAGAGUUGGUGAAAAGUAUCAGUGUGAGGUGCCUGAAGAUGUGGCGCCAGAUGCUAUGGAUGAAAACAAAGAAAAUGGAAACUUGGUAAUUGCCGAAGAUGAAGAUGAUGAAGAAACAGUCGUAACAACUUCGAAACGUGAAUUCCUGGUUUAUCAUCCGCAUCACAAUUUAACAGAUCGCGAUAUAGAUCAAUUCUUGAUUGUUGCAAGGGCGGUUGGAACAUUUUCACGUGCGUUGGACACGUCAUCUUCGAUGAAAUUGCCUUCGUUACACAUGACUGCGGCAGCUGCAAGUCGUGAUGUUACUCUUUUCCAUGCUAUGGCUCUUUUACAUCAAGCAAAUUAUGAUAUGGGACAGGCAGUGAAAUAUCUGGUACCUCCGCCUAGUAAACAACACUAUCCAUUGGACGCAGACAAGACAACAUCGCACAAUACAGUUAGCUUAGGUGGUCCGAUAUUAUGUCGUGACCAGAUGGAAGAAUGGUCAGCAGCAGAAGCCAAUCUUUUCGAAGAAGCUGUAGAGAAAUAUGGAAAGGAUUUCAGUGAUAUACGUGCCGAUUAUCUACCAUGGAAAUCAAUGCGGGAUAUUGUUGAAUACUAUUACAUGUGGAAAACAACAAAUCGUUACGUUGAAGUUAAAAAGAACAAAGCAGUCGAACAAGAAAGCAAAUUAAAACAGGUAUACAUACCGAAUUACAAUAAGCCAAAUCCAAAUUUGGUUGGACCACCAAAUCCUAGCGGACAACCGAUGAAAGGUACGUCAGCAUGUGAAAGUUGUCAAGUGGAAGAAUCAACUCAGUGGUAUGCAUGGGGUCCAGCACAUCUACAACUUCGUCUGUGUAGCAUUUGUUGGUCACAGUGGAAAAAAUAUGGUGGACUGAAACGUGUCCAUGAAUAUGAAUCUUAUGAUCUUGAUGGUGCAACGACACAAGAAUCAACAUCGCAACCUCAAACGCAAUCGCAAAAACUAACACCAACAGCUGCCGUAACUAGUUUUAUCAAUCGAAGUUCCGGCGUAGCUGGUCCCACUGCUUCGGCAAGGAAUGGAAUCAAUGGACGUUCCGGUACUAGCCAGAUGCUCGGGCGUCUGCAAUCCGGUCAUUCACAAGCGCAACAAAAAGUAUCCGGAGGAGGGCAUUCAUCAUCAGUGAAAACUCGAGUUGCAUUCUAUCUUAACACAACAUUAUCAAUGCGGAUUGCUCGAAGACUGGCUCCAAAAUCGUUGUUCAAUAUUCGACGUUCCGCAAGACGUCCUUUCUUACCUAUCAAUGGACAUGCCAUCAAGCAGUUCUGCACAACUCGACAACCGUAUGAAAUAAUCCGUGCAGCAAAGCAAAUUAAGGCCAACAAACUUCCUGAUGCUCUUGUUGCUCAAAUAGCCUCAUCGAUCAUUGCCUCCAGUGCACAGUUCACUCAGGUGGGAGCUACAGUACCAAACAUUCAAAAACGACAUGGAACUGACAAGGGAGGACCACCGAUGAAAAGACAGGCAGUGGCGGCAAAAGUUGCACGUACGGUAACAACCACUUCGGCACCACAACCUCAAGUUUCGCAACCGGCACUUCUGAUUGGCAUCGAUACGAUAGCACACGAUAAAAAAACUGCCACAACGACCGGUUCCGUGUUGGCAACCGUGGGUACUUCCAGAAAGAAAAACUUUCAACCGGAUAGUCGAUGGAGUGGUUUGGAUGAGAAGCUUUUGUUCCUCGCUGGACCACGACUAAAGAUAUUGCGUAGACGAAUUUGUCCGAAGAAAAUUGGUCGCCGUAUCGCAUUGCAUCCAUGUCAAAGUAGUGAUUUUGUUACUAAGCAUUGGCCUAAUUUGCAGGGUUUUUUCAUUUGAUAUAAACUGUG